CCGUCCUCCUCUCCGAUUUACUUGCCUGCCACUGCUUUCCGUCUGCCUUGAGCAUAUAGCAAGCCUACCACGUACAUUCAGCAUUCAUGGGAACGGAUGCACGGGUUGGGUUGGUUGGGAUGGUUUGAGACGAAGAUGAGGAGAUGAAAGUAGUUCUGCUAGCUUCAGUUGUCUACGGAUCGAUACUUGUCCAACACGUUUUACUGCUCUCUCCAUCCACCAAAGGACUACUGCUAGGCUGGCUUUCUUCAAACACGGUACGGUGAAAAAGAGUCUUGGCCAUUCAACCAUCCAACGAGUUGGCAGAGUCUUCUAUACACCCUGGUCAAAACAAGACUCAAAUCCCACUUUCUCCAGAAGUGAAAGCAAAUUUUGGAAAAAACAGAGGAGGCGUAAUUUUCAACAGUAUUCAUUUUCCAGAGAGAGAAAGAGAGACUUGGUGGGGAGUGAAAGUUGUGGGGAGAAUGUGAAAGUGAUUCUCGUACUGGAGUAAGGAGAGAGAAAAAUGGUACAAUUAGGUGUACAAUUGUUGUUACUCGUGGUGUGAUUUGGAUGCCAAAUUUUUAAGAUAAAGACUUUAUCAAAUAUGUAACUUGGGAGAAAGUUGGGGAGAAAGUUUGCCAUAUUUUUAACCGAAUUUGAUACUAUUUACAUAUUUUGGGGGUAAAAAAAAUAGUACAAAAAUGUAUACCAACGCGAUCAUCGGGAGUUAUAAUGCGAUAGCCAACAGCGAACAUCACGCCAUGAUCAUGAAGCCACCCAACGCACGUCGCAAUCAGCCGAAGAAGUCGCACAGUAAGGAAGGUCACGCUCCGACGACGAGGGGAAAUUCUGCGGAGGAGAAUAAUCCUGUCGCCACGACGGCGUCGGGUGCGAACAGUGUCAACUCGGUGUUGUCGCCAUCCUCGGUCAAAUCCUCGCUGAAUUCCCCACCCACCGGUCCAACCCACCCGCAUGGUCAUCACACUGGUCCACCUUCCCUCCCUGGACUGGAAGUUUUGGCAAAUGUCUCCUCCGUCCUUGUCCAACCUGAUAAAAUAUUUUCACCCGAAGUGAGCAAAAUCGGGUUUACAAUUUCGGUCGGAGAUCUUCCCACGAAGGCGGGCGCACCUACGUCGGAGGUCAUCACGACCUCGCCGAAAAGCGGGAGUUGUCACGAGGUGAAGCUGGAGAUAGAAAAUACUCGCCCCUUGUUGAAAUGCGUCCCCUCCGAGGGGACGAGUUCGAGGUCGCUGUCUCUCCAAACGUUGGAGGGAAGGUCGAUACUCCAGCUGCACACGAUUACUCCGUACUGUUGCUCGUGGUAUCAGAAUUUGGAAGCUAAAAUCUCGCUGACGAACGGGGAUAACUUUGGAUCUAUAGUAAAGACUGCGUUCGGACCUUGUAAGUGUAAUAGAAGAUUUGUCCUCACUUGUCGGAAGGACGGGGGAAUGGGGGAUGAAAACAGUGAAAAAAUCCAGUUCUCGGUGGAAACACUUAUGACACAUUCUGAACUUUUGAUUAAAGAAAAUUCUGAAGUUGUCGCUAAAGUGUCCACGAUUGGAUUAGACUGUCGAACGGCUUACAAAGUGACCUUUGUAAAAGAGACCGAGCUCAGUUCCAAUUUUAAGGCUCUUUUCAUCAUAUUUGCUAUAAAUCUCCACAUCGCAUUCGCCGAAAAGUUGAACACUUGCUUUGGAAUGUGCCUCUGUUGUAUUGCGGGCUCUUCUGUGGCGGCGUGGAUAUUGUGUCUUCUAUAAAAAAAUAUCCUCAAUGCGUCGUAGAUACAUGGCUACAAACCCCAAGAAAUACAUACACACGUCCAUGACAAAACUAUACCUUACAUGCCAAAAUGACUCACUCACUCAUUCCUUAAAACAAUCCUUACUGAUUAAGAGACGACGACGAGGAAUUGAAAUAAUACUUAAUGAUUACUAGAAAAACCUACUUAUAUAAAUAUUUACUAUACUUGAAGUGAGUUAGUUAUGUGCUGUGCGAAUGGAGCUAAACUCACGAGAAACCCUAGUCUCAGCACAAGGUACUUCAGGAGGCCGUAGGUUUAAGCUCCACCCGCACAGUACAUAACUCGUUCACUUUAUGUAUAAUAAGAAAUGCUCUUUACUUACUUAUCGAUGUUCCAACCAUUCCUUCCUGUUCGAAAAAAACUAACUUUCACCUACUAAUUCUUGCACCAAUAUGUAGAUAUUUAUUACCUUUAAUCAUCAAUCAUCAAUAUCGUUGAUACAUUUAAUAUCCAGUUUACUACACUUUACAAUUCCGAAUCAAAAUCUAACCAAUAUUUGACUAAAAAAUUGUACUGUGUUCAAAAUGUGCUAAAAACAAAUUUUUGAUCAGACUUUAUCAAAAUUAUUCGACCUCUUAAUAUCCAUGCCUCUAUAUUACCUUACAUAUUACCUCUAAAAUCUCUAUCCUAAUAACGAAUCCAAUAGAACAAAGUCUGCCAGUUACACAAACAAAUCCCUAAAAAACCAAUACGAAGAAUGAAAUGCAGGACAAUUUAUUCCACGUGAAGAAAGGAAAACUGAGAUUAUGCCAUAAAAUAAUACUGUAAUUCAUACAUACAUAUUUAUGAGUCACAAAAAAUAUAUGAUAAUUUUUCGGAGCUGGUUAAAAAAAUAUUUGAUAAUAAAAA